UUGAAAAUAAUGUUUGUUUUCAUUCUAUUUUACCCUUGACUCGGCGUAGAAACAAUUGUCGAUUGUCGUAUUCUCUUAUCAGUGUGCCAGUGUGCACUUUCUUAUCGUAGUCCAAUUAAAUGGUUGAAAUUUUGCGGUGCAAUGAAAUUCCAUUCGUAUGUCGCAUGAAAACGUUUCCAUCACAGAAUAUGGAUUAUCGCGAUUGGAACAUCUAACAGCAAUGUCAACUUGACCAAGUUUGCCAAAAACUGCGAUUUUAUACAAUCAAUUAAUUUACUGAUUAUAAAAUUAUUUUCCGGUACGCAGUUUCGAAAUGAUUCGCGAAGAAAUUGUGCUCCUUAUGUGCGGUAGUUUCAAUCCUAUCACGAAUAUGCACCUUAGAAUGCUCGAAAUUGUUCGAGACCAUUUCACCGAUCUAGGAUUCGACGUAAAACAAGGAUUCAUCUCGCCGGUACACGACAAAUACGGCAAAACAGAUUUGGUACCGAUAAACCAUCGUGUUAAUAUGAUCAAAAAUGCCAUAAAGUCAUCCGAUUGGAUACAUUUAUCGACUUGGGAAGCCGAACAAUCUGACUGGACUCCAACGUAUAAAGUUUUAAAGCACCAUCAAGAUAGAUUAAAUGGGCUAUUAAACAAUACGAACAUUAAUGGUAAUUCAUCUCACGACGUAAAUGGUAAUUCUUUCGAUUAUAGAGUUACCGUAAGAUUGGUUUGCGGUGGUGAUGUACUGAAUAGCCUCUCAGUACCUGGUUUAUGGAAAGAAUCUGAUAUACAUGGAAUAUUGACUGAACAUGGUAUAGCCUGCGUUACCAGGUGCGGCUACGAUAUCGAUAAAAUUAUCUACGAGAAUGAUCGAUUAUUUGCAAAUAAAAGACAUAUUUACAUUGUUAAAGAACAUAUUGAAAACGCGGUCAGUUCAACUGCUAUUAGAAAAGCCUGCUUGAGAGGUUUGAGUAUCAAGUAUUUAGUUCAAGACGGCGUAGAAAGAUACAUAAAAGACCACAAACUAUAUUCCUAUCAUAAAUAUAAGUAUAGUACGAAAGACACGAUCAGAAUACCAGCUGAAAUAUUUAACGAUUAUAAGAAGUAUCCUACGAAUAAUUCUAAAUUAUCAGUCGAUAUCAGUUCGUCUAAAACGCAAAAGAAAACACAACGUAAAAAGAAAAUUAAGGAAGAUCCAGUUAUUACUAGUAAACGUCUACGAAGAAAGUGAUUUAGUUGCGAUGAAUUUUUAAUUCGCAAUCUGUUCCAUGAGAGUUUUUCGUGGUUGAUUUUUUUCUCGAUAUACAUUUGCAUCCUUUGAAAUAUUUUAUAUACGUAAUUAUCCAUGGUGUUUGAGAAUUUGUUUGUAUUAUGAUAUCAUUUUAAGAGAAUAUUUGCGCCGGGAAUAUACCAGUUACCUACUGUUGAGUUUGAGAAAUUUUAUAUAUUGUAUGUUAUUGAAUUAUCUUUCGAAUAAUUUGACGAAGGUCGGACAAUAAUGAAGGUUAUCAAUAAUGAUUGGAAACUGAUCAAUUUUGUAUUGUUGAUUUUGAAAAUUAAUUCACAAUCACCAAUGUCACCAUAGUAUACUUUUGUAUGAAAUUUGCAUAAAUUCACAACUACGAAGAUAAUUUAUGGCUUAGUUACCAAGUAUUGUUUGAUUAGGUUGUCUAGGAGAGAUAUUUAUAUAUACGAUAAUGAUUAUUUGGCUCACAAUAACGGAGCUAACCGGUACUCUUAUUGAAUGUUCAAAUAAACACAUUUGAGUAAAUUGACAAA